AAGGGGUUAAAGUGAAAAUAGCAAAACACAAUGGGGUCCUCUAAGAUAUUUCACAUAGGUAAUAGUUCUUUCUUCUACACUAUCGGUGGUGUUGGUCUCUGAGACUCUCAGACCAGAAGCUGAAGAAACAAAAAAGAAGAAUAUGGACAUUGCUCUGUUUUCCCCAUCUUCGCUUUUUCCUGAUGAGGAUGAUUCUUCUGGGUCUGGUGGUGAAGAAAAGGCAGAUACCCAGCAAAGCUACGUGGAGAGGAAGCAUGAGUUUCCUCAAAUGGAGUUGUUUAUCCGAGAAUUUUCAUUUCAUGAACUAAAUGCUAAUUUACUUUGGCCUGGGACAUUUGCAUUUGCAGAAUGGUUAGUUCAAAACAGGCACUGGAUAGAAGGACGACGCUGCAUUGAACUUGGCAGUGGCACAGGUGCUUUGGCCAUUUUUUUGCGAAGAUCAUUUGAUCUUGACAUCACAACAUCAGACUAUGAUGAUCAGGAAAUUGAGGAGAACAUAUAUCAUAAUUGCAGGGUAAAUGGAAUAACACCUAUCCUACCCCAUAUAAAACAUACAUGGGGUGACAGGUUUCCAAUCACGGAUCCUGAUUGGGAUCUUAUCAUUGCUAGUGACAUUUUGUUAUAUGUGAAACAGUAUACAAACUUGAUUAAAACUCUAUCAUUUCUUCUCAAAUCCUACAAGCCCAAAGAUGGGAGAGCAGUUACUUUGCCAAAGAAUGAGCAAAAUGGAGUGUCCGAGGGGCUUCCCCGACCGUGCUUCCUAAUGAGUUGGAGACGCAGAAUUGGAAAGGAAGAUGAGUCACUCUUCUUUGGUGGUUGUGAGGAUGCUGGUCUUGAUGUAAAUCACAUUGGAUCUCGUGUGUAUUGCAUUAAGCCUAGAGAAAUAACCACAAACAGCAACUAAUGGAGUUUUCUUAGAAGUGGGAAUUCAUUGAAGUUGUCUCUCAUUCUGAAUUGGCAUGUACUCUAGGGAACUGGCUGAAAGUUCUUGCAAUGGCGAGAAUUUCAGAAUCAUUAUAUGAGAAAACAGUGGUAAGGCCACCGGGUUGUCCUCCACCUUGUGUUGCACAAUAUGUAGAACAUUUUGAAAUUCUGUCAAGAUGAGUACUGCUUAGCCUUAAGUUUCGAAUU